AUGACUAGAGUAAAUGAGUGUACAUUGCCACAAUCACAAAGAAUAGGAUACCUAGAAGCACAAUUAAAAAAUGCAAUGGGAUAUAAAUAUUACUCAGCAAUGGAUAUUAGAAUGGGAUUUAAUAACUUAUGGAUAAAAAAGGAAGACAUUUACAAGACAGCAUUCAAAUGCAUACAAGGAAUAUAUGUGCAAUUAGUCAUGGGAUUUGGAUAUAAAGAUGCACCAACU